ACUAUAUGAUACUACUACUAGUUCAGUAGUAUUGUGUGGGCGGAACGCACACAUAAAACGGAGCAUCGACAUAACCUUGAAGAAUUUAAAUUAAUGAAGGAUGGUGAGGUUAUGUUGAUUAGGAACUGAAUGCUUUGACGUUUCUAUCUACGCGAUUGGAACAUGGGUUUAUUUGGAAAAUCGCAAGAAAAGAAUCCCAAAGAAAUGGUUCAAGAAUGGACUCACAAAUUAAGAAAGGAAGGUUAUCAGCUUGACAGGCAGGUUAGAGCAAUUCAGAGAGAAGAGGAAAAAGUAAAACGUUCCCUAAAGGAAGCAGCGAAGAAAGGAGAUAAAGAUGUAUGCAAGAUCCUUGCAAAGGAGAUUAUAAGGGCUCGUAAAGCCUAUAACAAAAUUUAUACUUCCAAGGCACACCUAAAUUCUGUAUCAUUACAAAUGAAAAAUCAAUUGGCAACAAUUAGAGUUGCUGGUUCAGUUUCAAAGUCUACAGAAGUGAUGCAAGCAAUGCAAUCUUUGAUUAGAGUACCAGAAGUAGCUGCGACCAUGAGAGAAAUGUCAAAGGAAAUGAUGAAAGCAGGAAUUAUUGAGGAGAUGUUGGAUGAAACGAUGGAUUCUAUCGAGGAUUCUGAAGAAAUGGAGGAUGAAGCUGAUGAGGAGGUUGAUAAGAUUUUAUGGGAGGUAACAGCUGGUCAGUUGGGUACAGCUCCUGCAGUUGUCACAGAGAAUCCUGAAUCAAUCGCAGCCUCUGCAUCUGCAGAAGAAGAAGUAGAAGAUGAUGACAAAGAACUUGAAGAGAUGAAAAAUAGAUUACAGAGCCUUCGCAGUUAGAUGCACAAUUAAAUAAUUGAAAUUUAUUUGCACUAAAUGUCAGGGAAAAAUAAGUAUCAUAAUGAUAACAAUUACUAAAUAAAUAGUAACAGAUUAUAUACAUAGCAUUUGCUAUAAAAACAAUAUUUAUCAUAAUGUAUUGUUUUGCUAUUUAUAUGUAAAUAUUGUAUGUACUAUCGCUUUGUAGAGUACUUAAACGCAUAUAUCUAUUUUUACAUUCAUCACUAAAUAAUAAUUUUUUUUAUAAUUCCAAUUCGAAUUAUUAUUAAAAUUAAGAAAGAUUAUGUAAAGCAAAUUAAACAAAGACAUAAUGAUAAUCAAAUUUUUUUUUUGAAUUAUCAAAUUAAUUAUGAAAAGAUUAUAGAGAUGAUUGGCAAUUCAAGAAUUUAAAUAACUUUUAGCUGUUGCACUUGGUUAUAACAUUCACACAAAAUUAUACUUAUAAAUAUAAUAAAAAGGUUUAUUUUGUA